UUCCUGACGGCGAUGCUCUCCGUUCUCGAGAGUUCUUGGACAUUGUUGGAGCUACAAAAAUCCGCGUUUGCACCGGACUCUUUGGGUUCUUCUUGAGGAUAUGAUGCGGAACUAAUGUCCCGAACAUUUUCUCGAGGCUUGUGGACUUUUGACGUGUGAUGUGAACUCUUUGAAAACUUUUUUUUCUUUUGUCGGGAUACCGUUCGCACCUCUUCCAAUGGAAAGGUAUCUGGCCAGUGCUCUCGAACAGCCUUCCAGCACCACGUAACAUUUACCUGAGGAACUUGUCUCGCAUAGACUCCCAACAAACAUGGACUGUAUUCCCAUGCUUUACCUUUUGUCGAGACAUCAUGAUUCCUGGUAAUCGAAUGCUGAUGGUCAUUGUAUUAUGGCAAAUGCUACUGGGAAAGAGCAGCUAUGCUAGUCUAAUACCUGAGGAGGGGAGGAAGAAAGUGUCGGCUCAGCUGGGUCAGAGUCAUGAACUGCUGCAGGACUUUGAGGCCACACUGCUGCACAUGUUUGGCUUGCAAAAGCGUCCGCGACCCAGCUACUCGGCCGUCGUGCCGCAGUAUCUGCUCGAUCUGUAUCGCCUGCAGUCAGGAGAGGUUGAAGACGCUGCAGCUCAUGAGAUCAGCUUUGAUUAUCCAGAAAGAUCUACGAGUCGAGCUAACACUGUGAGAGGCUUCCACCAUGAAGAGCACAUGGAAGAGUUGCCAUCUGACGGGUCAUGGGAGACUCCACUACGCUUCAUCUUCAAUCUCAGCAGCAUACCUGAGCAGGAACUCCUUUCUACCGCAGAGCUGCGUCUCUACAGGCAACAAAUCGAUGACGCAAGCCCAGAUCCCCAACACACAGGAGACGAGGGUCUCCAUCGGAUAAACAUAUACGAGGUGCUGAAGCCCCUGCGGGCCGGCCAGCUCAUCACGCAGCUCCUGGAUACGCGGUUAGUGCACCACAACACGUCCAGAUGGGAGAGCUUUGACGUGAGUCCCGCAGUGCUGCGCUGGACCCGCGACAAGCAGUCCAACCAUGGCCUGGCCAUUGAGGUGCUUCACCUAAACCAAAUACGCCAUCAUCAGGGACGACAUGUGCGCGUAAGUCGGUCCUUGCAUCCCCUUCCGGGUGAAGAUUGGGACCAGCUCCGGCCACUGCUAGUCACUUUCGGUCACGAUGGCAAAAGUCACCCGUUGACGCGCAGAAUGAAGCGCAGCCCUAAGCAAAGGGGCCGAAAGCGCAACCGCAACUGCCGGCGACACGCGCUCUAUGUUGAUUUCAGCGACGUGGGUUGGAAUGACUGGAUUGUGGCGCCACCCGGGUACCAGGCGUACUACUGUCAAGGGGAGUGCCCCUUCCCGUUGGCCGAUCACCUGAACUCGACCAAUCACGCUAUUGUACAGACGCUGGUUAACUCUGUGAACACCAAUAUUCCCAAGGCCUGCUGUGUUCCCACUGAGCUCAGUGCAAUUUCAAUGCUCUACCUGGAUGAGACGGACAGGGUGGUCCUGAAAAACUAUCAGGAGAUGGUGGUGGAAGGGUGUGGCUGCCGCUAAGCACAGAUAAAUGCGGUCACAUUUACACUAAAUAUCUAUAACUGGUCACUUAUUUAUAAUAUUCAUGUUGCGAUGUGUGUUUGUCUCAUUUCUUGUCU